CUAGCACCGAGUCCGCUCGGGCUCGACAGCAAACUAAAGACCAAGCAGGGUCUUCUAUCUCAGCAGCAGCAGCAGCAGCAGCAUCAGCAGCAAGAACACAUGCCGACCGUCGGGGGCUCGCCGUCGUCCUCGCCGCCGAUGGUGGUGCACCAUGCGCGCUUCCAACGCCGCCGCCAGUCCUCGUUCACGCACUACUUACCCCACCCCGAAUCCCUCGUGGGCUCGUAUGAAGAGUCCUUGCUCGCCGGGCGGACGUCGACGCCGAGCCAGAAACCCGCGGUGCCGUUCGUGGCGCGCAUAGGCGUGCUCGGCACGGGGGACGAGUGUCCGGCCAAGCUGCGGUGUCCGCGGCAUCUGAGCCUUGAGUUUGACGCGGUGUAUUACAAUUGGCUUGGGUCGGGCGAGGAGGAGCGCGGGGGGUCGCCGUAUGUCGGGCAGCUUGAUCUCGAGAGUCAUUACCGGGAGACGGCGCGGAAGCAGACGAAGAGCAAGAGCAAGAAGAGUAAGGUGGACGGGUAUCGGAUACCGAAGACGGGACAGAUCCAGAUUGUGAUUUCGAAUCCGAGUAGGACGGCGAUUAAGUUGUUUUUGGUGCCGUAUGAUUUGAGCGAGAUGCCGGUGAAUACGAGGACGUUCAUGAGGCAGAAGACGUAUGUGACGGACGAUCAGCAGCAGCAGCAGCAGCAGAGUCAGAAGAAGGGGAGACUGAGGCAGGCGGUGCAUUUACAUGUGGUGCAUGCGAGCACGGGUCGGUAUUAUCUAUUUCGGACGUUGCGAGUAGUGUUUGAGAACCGGGCGCUGGACACUACAUCUACCACCACCACAGCAGCUCCUAGCAAGAGCAGCACAGAGACUACAAAGGUCGAGACGAUAAUGGGCGAAUUCUCGGCCUACCACCCCGAAGACAGCACGAGCACGAGCACGGUGCGACGGAGCAGUGCAGGGAGAUUGAGCGGGAGCUUUGAGCAGAUGGAGUAUGCGGUGGAGGAAGGAAGUCCGAUGGGGACGAGUAUAAGUGCGCGGAUGUCGAAGCUGUCGGUGUCGGUGUCUGCGGAGGAUCUUGCGGGGCUGCAGGAGCCGGUGCAGAAGAUGCCGUCGGGCUGGGGGAGUUUUAUGUGAAUAUCUACGAGAUGUGUAGUAAUUUGGCUGGAGUUCUGGAGGUUCAUGUCUAUGUCUGUCCUAUGUUUGUAUUAAGUAAUGAAAUCAGCAGGGUUAUCUAAGACCG